CAAAACCGCCCCCGAUUUUCUUCCAGCCCCCAAAACGAAUCCCCAGGCCACCUUCCGUUUAAACACCGCUCGAAAUGCCCAAAAUACCCUUCGCAGCAUGUGUUCGUCGCCCUCUCACGACGGAAACCCAUCGUUUCGACUGUAGGCAUUAAAUGGUGAUAUGAAUGACUUUUUUGGGGGGGAAAAUUCCCAUUUCCCUCCAAAAUUAUCAUCAGAUAUUAUCACCAGCUAUAUCCCCCUUCAAGCUAAGUUGUUCCUUCCACUUAAUUAUCCUCAAUAAAAGCCUCUUCGAUUCUUCAACCACUCCCUGUAAUAAAAUGGCGGAUGGAUCUCUUCUAUGCGUGGUAACGAAGGCAAAAAGCAACAAAGGUGGUGACGGUGUAUUCGUCGUUAUCAAAGAGAAUACAGAAAUAAUCAGCUUGAAAUAUCGAGUGGCGGAAAGGCUUAAAAUACCAAUGCAAUCUCUUUCACUGAAGUUCAUAUGCGAAAGGGAAAAGAAAUUCAGCAUUUCAAUUGACAAUGACGACGACUUAAAUUUGAUGUUCGAGUAUUGUCGGCGUAAUGGAUUUACAGACGCGAAUUUGUAUGCCACCUCCGCUGCGGAAUCCUCAACUUCGCAGAACACGCAGACUACGCCGGAAACUGCGUAGGAAUUACACUCCAGAUUUCCUUUUGAGUUCACUGAUAGGUUUUGCCAUUAGUUGUUAACCUCAUGCAUUGGUUGCUUUGGUAAUGUGUUGGCUGUCAAGGUUAUGUUAAGCACUGGUUGUUAAAGUUAUUUGUUGGCUGUUACGUAUACUAGUUGGUUGCUAAGUUAUGGUGUUUGAUGUUAAGUAUAUGCGUUUGUUGUUAAGGUCACGAGUCUGCCCUUAAGUAUAAGGGUUAGUUGUUAAGGAUAUGUGUAGGUUGUUACGUUUAUGAGUUCGUUGUUAAGGUUAUCAGUUCGUUGCUAAGGCUAUGUAUUUUGAUUUAUACUUCAGGACAAUACCGACAGAAAAUUCGCGGUGCGCAGAUACCCCGUUCACCCAAACCUGUAAUGAUGAGCGUAUUCCUAAUGACAACCCCACCGGCGACUCGAUCAUGCUGCUGGAAGACAUGCUUAAUCACCAAACAAAGAUCCCAACUGAGUGGCACACCUCCAUACGUGAAGUUGGUCAGAAAUUUGAUAGUGCUGCUGAAGUUAGAUUAGCACUUCAAUACUAUUCAAUUGCUAAACGGUUCGAGUAUGAUUUUUACCACAAUGAACAAAGACGCAUAAGAGUCUAUUGCCGAUUCAAACACACACAUGGUUGCCCUUGGAUGUUGUUUGCUUCCCCGCUCAGAAAUUCGUCUAUCAUGUCCAUAAAGAAUUUCGAGUCUACCCACACCUGCGGUCAACAUGGAGCAAAUGCUGGCAACUCAAGGGCAUCAAGGAAGUUCAUUGCUAGCCAAAUACAAGCUGUUUUGAAGGUUAGGCCAGAUCUUCGUGCGGUCGAUAUCAAGAACGACAUGCUCUCUAAUUUUGGCAUCAAGAUUAACUACAGUAAAGCGUGGUGGAGCAAGGAGACAGCUCAACAGGACCUGUUCGGUGACGAUGAUGAGGCUUACGAUUCACUGAGAUGGUCCUUAUCUUUUUUAUUCUUCUGAAAUCACUCUUACCUUUUGGUUGCUAACUAUACGUAGUAGUUGUUAAAGUUGGCGGUUCGACGUUAAGUGUACGUGUUGGUUGCUAACUAUACGUAUUAGUUGUUAAAGUUAUUGGUUCGUCGUUAAGUAUACGUGUUGGUCGUGAAGUUUGAAGAUCAUUUGUUAUGGUUAUGAAUCCUUCGCUAAAUGUACUGCUUUGUUGUUAUAUUCAUGCAGGUAUGAAUCCAUGGUGCAUGCAACUAAUCCAGGGAGUCGUGUUGUUAUUGAUGCUGAUGACGGGAGGUUCAGGCGACUGUUCAUUAGUUAUAAUGCCUGUAUUGAAGGGUUCAUUGCUGGGUGUAGGCCUCUAUUGUUUUUGGAUGGAACAUUUAUUAAAGAUCGUUACAGAGGCAUACUACUUAGCGCUACUGGGUAUGACGGCAACCAGGGAAUAUUUCCCCUAGCUUAUUGCGUAUGCGACCAAGAGAAUGAGGUUAACUGGAAAUGGUUCUUACAAGGAUUAUGGACGUUACUGUAUGAUAGGGAAAAUCCUUACCAACCUCCACAUCGACUGGUAAUGAUUUCAGACGCCGACAAGGGUAUCAGGGCAGCAGUCGAGGAAUUCUUUCCAGAUGCAUUCCAUUCAAGGUGUGUUCUGCAUCUAGUCGAGAAUUUCAAAAAAAAGAUGAAGGAUUUUGGGCACAAGGCAAAUAUCGCGACUACGUUGGGCGAGCUGUUACAAUCUGCGGCUUAUAAGUUCACAAUAUCUGAAUGGGAUAAUGACAUGAAAGAAUUGGCAGCGAUCGAUCACAGGGCUUAUGUCACUGUAAUGGAAUACUCCCCGGAGAGAUGGGCAAACGCGCAUUUUCCUGGUAUAAGGUAAGAUAGCUUGGUCCCGACGUUAUUUUGUUACAGCACUGUUAUAGUUGUUAAGGUUAGAGUUAUCCUACAGUUUUCUGUUAAGGUUAGAUUUUUAUUGUUAUGGUUAGAGUUAUUCUGCUAGGGUUUUGCUGUUAAGUUUAGGAUAUUUGUUGUUAAGGUUAGGCCUUUAAUGUUUAGUUUAAGGAAUUAUUGUUAUUGUUAGUGCUUUGUUGUUAAGGUAUGGCCAUGUUACUUCAAACGUUGCUGAGUCCUUCAACAGCUGGAUAAGAAAGGCACGAUUGUUGCGAAUCUUACCUUUGGUUGAGACCAUACGGAAGCAAAUAAUGGAGCGCAUGCAUGAAAGGAGGCUAUUGGGUCAGAAAUGGUCUGGAUACCUAUGCCCGGAAGCGGAGUUGGUGCUGAGUGAUAACAUUCAGCAUGGUAGCUGCUUGGCGAUUAAACAUUCGACGGAAGAUAUUGUGGAGGUCGAGUCCAAUAAAACUUGCCGCGUAGAUUUGAAGAAUCGGACUUGUUCUUGCAGGUCCUGGGACAUCACCCGCAUUCCCUGCAAACAUGCGUGCGCUGCAAUUACAUGGAUGGGACGAGAAAUUUAUCAAUAUUGCGAUUGGUACAUGACUGUUGUUGCGUUCAGAGCAAGCUAUGCACCGAUCAUCUAUCCCAUCCCAGAUUACGAGAAGCGCUUUGUACCGCCAGAAGAGCGAGUGUUGAAGCCUCCUCUCACCAAAAAAAGACGUGGCAGACCAUGCACUAGACGAAUAAACAACAGGUCGCUGAACACCCGACCGGUUAAGUGCUCUCGAUGCAACAUGGAGGGUCACAAUCGUGCAAGCUGUAACGAGCCUAUAUAGUUUAGCGUUUUAUUGUCAUGUAUAUGGAUUUGUUGUCCUGUAUAUCACUACAAGUGAGAAGGUCAUAGCUUGGUUGUUAAGGUGAUAAACUUGGUUGUCAAGUUUA